UCGCCGACGCCGACUGUUUCAAUUGUUCCGUACCGAUCGUGCAAGCCAGUCGCGUUGAAUCUCAUCUUCUCGUACAGUUUUCAAGUGUUGUGUGUUCUGUUGGUGGUUUAUCUUUAAUUUUGUGACUCGUGACUUGUGACUUGAUCUCAGCAAUAGACUUAAAUAUCGUUAGUUAAACCGAAGUUAUAUGUAACAAAGGAGGGUUCCAGUUGAACAAUUGAUGAUUCUUGAUUUUUAGAAAUCAAUAGUUUUAAUUUAAACAGUAAAAUGUUUCUCGACACAUAUCUGUUAAGUGUGAUGCAGCAGGAAUUCUUGGAUGCAUCAAAGGCGCGAAGUACGCUUUUGGUGUUCUGCUGCACGUUAACUUGUGUAGUAUUUCUACAAUGGCUUUAUCGGCUAGUAUGUCAAAUCAAAAAGCUUCCGCCCGGGCCAUGGGGAGUACCAAUUUUUGGAUAUCUUACCUUCAUUGGUCACGAGAAACACACACAAUAUAUGAAACUAGCACGCAAAUACGGUUCGUUGUUCAGUGCCAAAUUAGGGGCACAACUAACGGUGGUGAUCAGUGAUUAUAAAAUAAUCCGGGAGGCAUUUAAGACAGAAGAUUUAACCGGACGACCACAUUCACCGUUGUUGAAGACGCUGGGCGGUUUUGGUAUAAUUAACAGUGAAGGUCAACUAUGGAAAGAACAGCGUAGAUUUUUACACGAAAAGCUUCGACACUUUGGUAUGACAGUUCUCGGCAACAAAAAACAUUUAAUGGAAAAUAGGAUCAUGACGGAGGUCGCCGAACUAUUAGCAGCCCUGAACGAAGUCGGUAACCAGUCGACCGACCUGAGCAAAUACCUUUCCGUUUCGGUGAGCAACGUAAUCUGUAAUAUUAUCAUGUCCGUGCGGUUUUCUCUCGAGGAUCCCAAAUUUAAACGUUUCAAUUGGUUGAUCGAGGAAGGAAUGCGACUUUUCGGCGAAAUUCAUACAAUUGAUUACAUACCACAAAUUCAAUAUCUUCCUGGUAAUAUUAACGCAAAGAAUAAGAUCGCGAAGAACCGACAGGAAAUGUUCGACUUCUAUCGGGAAGUGAUUGAUGAACAUAAAAAAUCGUUUGAUGCUGGCCACAUUCGGGACAUUGUGGAUGCCUAUUUGGAGGAGAUCCAAAAAGCCAAAACAGAAGGACGCGAUGCACUACUGUUCGAAGGAAAAGAUCAUGAAAUCCAAAUGAUGCAGGUGAUCGCGGAUCUCUUCUCAGCUGGUAUGGAAACUAUUAAGACCACGUUACUAUGGUUAAACGUAUUCAUGCUGCGCCACCCGGAUGCGAUGAAGCGUGUUCAGGACGAACUAGAUCAAGUGGUGGGUCGCAACCGUCUGCCGAAAAUCGAAGAUGUACCGUACUUGCCUAUAACGGAAACCACCAUACUUGAAGUAAUGCGCAUUUCCAGCAUCGUUCCUCUGGCCACAACGCAUUCUCCCAAAAGCGAUGUCGUUAUCAACGGUUACACAAUCCCUGCUGGUUCAUAUGUGGUGCCGCUGAUCAACAGCGUUCAUAUGGAUCCAACGUUGUGGGAUAAACCAGAGGAAUUCAAUCCCAGCCGCUUCUUGGACGCUGAGGGCAAAGUUCAUAAACCAGAAUUCUUCAUACCAUUCGGUGUUGGACGUCGCCGAUGUCUAGGUGACGUAUUGGCACGAAUGGAGCUUUUCUUGUUUUUUGCCUCCAUUAUGCACACGUUUACGAUCGAACUGCCAGAAGAUGAACCGAUGCCAAGCUUGAAAGGUAUCAUCGGCGUCACCAUCAGCCCUCAAGCCUUCCGAGUGAAUUUGAUUCCACGACCACUAAACGCUGACCUUGACAGAGUGCGGAAUAUUGGAGGCUAUUAAGUGCUGACCAGCUCACUAUGGCUUCAAGAGCACGGUAUGUUCCUACACUUCAUGCAAAAUGACAAAAGACGAACAUUAUGUUUAACAUCCGUAAUCAAGAAACAAAACUACCAACAAGUAAAAAGAACAACAUCAAAAUUCCUUAAGAACUUUCCCAAGGCGGAACAGUGAACAACUAAAAUAAUUUGAGUGCCUGCAACUAUAUCGAAAGUACACCAACUAGUCACGCGUUUUUAUUCGGAGAAUAAUUUUGUUGAAUCCAUCCUUCUAAGAUGUUGAGUUUGUUUAUAGUGUCUGUAGAAAGAGCAAUCCGCAUUUUAUUCGCAUUUUAAUGGCAGCCAAUUAUUCAUACUUGCACUGAAUUUUACAAUAGUUGUUAAUGAUGCACUCAACAGAACCACGAAUUAUUUUGGUACAAAUGGCUAAUGCCACCGAUGCAUGUUUUGAUUUGAGUAAAAGUAGUCAAUACAAUCGUGCAAACAAAGUCACAACGAAAAAACUCACGUGCCUAACGUGUUUAACAUUUCAUGCUGUACAAAAAGAAUCCGAACAGCGGUCAACUGGUUUUAUCAUAAGAUAACAGCAGAAAAAAGUAGCACACCUACAGUGCAAAAUAGUAACGAAAAGCAGUAACUUGAUCGAUGCCUCCCAAAAUACUAUGUGUUCAGUAAAUUUUAGAUACAGAAACAUGCUGACGUUUAUUUCCGUUUAUUAUACCAUGAUAUUUUACGCGGAAACCCAUAUUUGUUAUUUUUAAUAUGUCAGAUUAGCAUUUAAAAAUACGGAUAAUAACAUGAAAAGUUACUUUUUCAUAGGUUUGAUUAAAUUUUAUAAAUUCCUGUCUCGAGAUUGAAAUGAAUAUUGUUAUGAAAUAACACAAAGAUUGCGAAAUUAAACACAUACUGAUGUUCGAAUACUUACAUCGGAUUCGCACUCACCCAUAGUAUAGAAAAAGUUUAGUGUAGAUUCCAAAUAGGUAACUCGUAAGAUAUUAUGAAACAGCGACUGAGGAUUUUUUUGAAAUGUAGAACAAUGUUGGAAACGGUCGGCUGUUGGUUCCUUCAAACUUAUACAUCUCAUCACAGCACCUACUUGUAACGCUGACCCCUAAGGUUGCAUUUAAUACGUAAUAGUUUGAAUGAAUUAGCAUGUGUUCAUGUUGAAUCUGCGGUACGGAUAGGGUUCGUCACUUACAAACAAAUGUCUCUAAACCAUCAUCAAGUUUUUCGUUACUUUUCGCUUGAAGGGCCAUCUAGGCACAUAAAUAUAGUAUGCUUGAGUAAAAAAUAAAUGCAGACAAUAGUGAAAAUGCAAAUCAUGCCACCCCAUAACGACGAUCAAAAGCAUCGCUUAUGUGGAAGAAUCGUGCCAAAUGGAAGUAUUCGAAAUCCGUAAAUUUAGAACACAACCUGUAUUUAUGAAUGACAAAGAGAAUAGAGGUGAAUGAAAGAAUAAGUAUGAUUCAAGAGUUUUAAGCCUUAUGAUAACUGGUAAUAUAAAAAAAAAUAUGAAAAGACGUGUAAUGUGAUUAUUUAUAUUGAACAUGAAUUUUAAUCUAAGUACAUAGUCAAUAAUGAUUAUUGAUGACAAACAAUUGUCGGUUGGACAAUUUUACGAAUAAA